AUGCACCUGUGGCUUCGGCGCGGGAUCUGUAGUGGCGCUGCAGUGCUCGCGGGCGCUGUGGUACUUCUGCACUCUGCACGUGACGCACGGCCUCAGCCACAAGACGUCGUGGUCAAUACGUGGCCCUUCGUGAACGCCACUCGCGCGGGGUUCGCGGCGCUGCAGCGGUCCGGCAGUCGCUCUCCCGCUCUGGACGCCAUCACAUGGGGCUGCAAUCGCUGCGAAGUGGACCAGUGCGACUUCACGGUCGGCUUCGGAGGCAGUCCCGACUCGGAUGGAGAGACGACGCUGGACGCCAUGAUCCUGGACGGCUCGACGAUGGAGAUGGGGGCCGUCGCGCAGCUGCGGCGCGUGAAGCCUGCGAUCCGCGUGGCCCGCGCUGUGAUGGAGCACUCGUCGCACAGCAUUUUGGCUGGCGACGGCGCGCUGGCGUUUGCGAAAAUGAUGGGGUUCAACGAGACGGCACUCAGUACGCCGCGCUCGCAGGAGCUGUUCAAGCGGUGGCAGGACAGCCACUGCCAGCCCAACUACUUUCGCAACGUGCAUGGACAAAACACGUCGUGUCCGCCGUAUAAGCCAUUUCGGGUGGCGCCACACGCAGUGUAUUCGGCAGAGCUGCAAGACGAGUCGCUGUUGUUACUGACCGACAGGCAAAAUCACUUUGGCGUGCAAAAGCUGAUCUCGACAGCGAACCACGACACGAUUGGAAUGGUGGCCCUAGCGAGCAGUGGGCACAUGGCUGCGGGCACGAGUUCCAAUGGAGCAUCGCACAAAAUCGCUGGACGUGUCGGUGAUGCCGCAGUGCCAGGUGCCGGGGCUUACGUUGACUCGUCGAUUGGUGGAGCUGCUGCUACUGGAGAUGGCGACGUGAUGAUGCGGUUCCUCCCUUCGUUCGUUGCGGUACAAGAAAUGAAGAGGGGUGUGCAUCCGCAAACAGCUUGCGAGUACGCCUUGCGCCAAAUCGCUGCAGUGUACCCGCACUUUUUGGGAGGCAUGGUGUGCUUGAAUCGAUUCGGAGAAUACGGCGGAGCUGGCCACGGGUGGGACUUUGCAUACGCUGUGCAGACAAGCUCGAUGUCGGAGCCUCAAGUGAUACAUGCAACGCCACUGACGCCCGUGUCGUGA